AUGAACUACCUCAAAUCCAUCACCACCUCGGUUCUUCAAUCAGCGGGAGUAACAUUUCCCUUCUCAAUAGGAGAACGAAUACCUGGACUGGAUAGUGGAAGUUCAAUAUGGGAGAUUAGAGAAGGUGUGAAACGGGACGAUGGUACACCUCUUACACUGUUCAUCUAUGAUUCGACAUUACCACCUUAUCAACCUGGAAACAAAGACCGAAAAACUUUAUUUCAAUUGGCUAAAAACGCUCUGAAGAAGACAAGGACAAUAAGGCAUCCUGACGUGAUAAAAUACAUAGAUUCGGUGGAAACGGAAACACACAUAUACAUAGCGACAGAGCGAGUGCGGCCGCUGACAGGUGUUCUGAGAGAAUGGGAGACUGGUGGCUCCUUAGCUGGACCUGGUACUGCUAAAGGGAAGGGGAAAGAAGAAUGGAUAGGGUGGGGUGUGAAGAGUAUAUCGACCGCUCUGGCAUUUCUAAACUCUCCCCCACUGUCUCAACAUCAUGCGUACUUAAUACCUGCAGCUGUCUUUGUUACCCCUUCUCUUGAAUGGCGACUAGGAGGAUUCGAUCUUCUCACUGGCCGAGAUGAUCAAGCUGGGGUGCUGUGGGGUUUAGGCGGUGUAGCUCCUGGUGAUGUAAGAGAACGAUCGGGUCCUGAGGUCAAGAAAGGCGGCUGGGGUGUCCUUCGAGAUACUGAUCCAGCAUUGUCCGAUACGUAUCUUUUAGCAUUACUCAUAUUUACUCUAUAUAAUCCCUUGGCACCAUUACCUUCCUUGAAUUCACCUCCUACACCUUCAUCGGCAGGAUCUAUACCCAAAUCUCUCUAUCCUUUGUGGAAGAGAUUGUUGAAUCCUAAUCCUCGAACUAGAUUGUCAACAAGCUCAUUCGUUGAGGAGGCUACAUCAUCUGGAUUCUGGGCUUCAAAUCCUUUAGUCAGCUUAGUAGGAGGACUGGACAAUUUUGAAUUAGCUUCUGAAGGUGAUAAGCUGGGCUUAUUAAGGAUAAUCAAAGAUGCUUCGAAUUCAGGUACUUUGCCUGCACCUUUCACAACACAUAAGAUACUACCCUCUCUGCUACACUCACUGUCGUUGCCUACUGCACCAAGUUCAGCGAUGCUUCCUCUAGUACUGGAAUUGGGUAAAUUAGUCCCUCCAAGUGAUUAUCCAAAAGUCGUACUGGAACCUGUGGUGAAAUUAUACACUAGCCCUGAUAGAGGAACACGAAUGGCUUUAUUGGAUGGGUUGAAUGAAUACGCAGACAAGAUGGAUAACAAGAUGGUUCAAGAGAAGGUUUGGCCUAACUUGAUUACUGGAUUUGCCGAUACCGUUCCUGUGAUAAGGGAAGCUACUGUAAAAGCUGUAUUCCCUCUAGCUGGCAAGUUAUCAGAUCGGAUACUGAACAAUGAUCUCCUUCGUCUUCUUGCGAAAAUGCAAAUGGAUACCGAACCAUCUAUUCGAACGAAUACCUGUAUUCUACUUGGUCGACUAGCUCCUUCUUUAGGUCCAAAUACCAAGAAAAAAGUCUUAGUACCUGCUUUUGCUAGAAGUCUGAAAGAUCCAUUUGUCCAUGCCAGAGUAGCUGGACUGAUGGCUCUGAUGGCGACCGUUGAAUGCUUUGAUAGGGAGGAUUUAGCUGGAAAAGUAGUACCUAAUAUGGCAUUCACACUGGUUGACAAAGAGAAGCUGGUUCGGGAUCAAGCUUUCAAAGCUAUGAGUAUGUUCAUGGGACGAAUUACAGAAAUGGUGAAAAAUAUGCCUGAUACCGUUCUAGCGGAAGAAAAAGCUGCAUCAUCUUAUGGUCCAGUCACUACUACUUCUUCAACAACAACGAAUAACCAAGCUGGACUUGCUAACUCCGCAGCUGGAGCUGCUGGAGCAUUAGCAGGAUGGGCAAUAUCAUCAUUGAGUAAACAACUUUCGACUCCAGAAUUACACACUUCAAUGUCAGCAGCUUCAGCUCUGAACGUUCCUUCCGGAAGUCCAAACCCUUCGAAUGGUGGUUCACCACUAGCUUCACCUCGAAUAAGUAGUGAUAGUGCUUCGAUGUUCACGUCAACUACUUCACCUUCUGUUCCGGGACCUUCAUCAGGCAGAUUCAAAUCCACAACUAUACCAAAAUCAGGUUCAGCUUCAGGUUUAAAACUUGGUGGAAAGAAACCUACCGCUGGACCAAGUAGCUUAGCAGAUGUUGUAGCUUCAGAAUGGGAUGAUGACGAUAAUGACGCUGGAAACGCUUGGGGUAACGAUGAUUUAAUUGAUGUAAAUGCAGACGAAGAUGAUUGGUCUGCAUUCGAAUCAGCACCCGUUCCAGAGAUAGUGGUACCUCCACCUCAAUCAUACUAUAUUACAUCUUCCAAACCUUCUUCCAAUCUUAAUGGAUCAAGUAAACAAACUCCGCCACUUAAACCAUCUCCAGUAUCAGCAUUUGCUCAAACGAAAUCUCCCCUAAACCAAUCUGUCACGUCGAUGAAAUCUCCUCAGAUACCAGCGUCUCCAGCGAUCAAAUCGCCUGCUCUCUCCACUACAGCAACAGAUGAUUGGGGUGAUGUCGAACAGUCUUCACAAUCUACUAGUCCACAAAAGCAGGCGGCUGCGGCGGCUCCUAGUUUAGCAGGAAUGAGUAAAGAGGAAAAAGAGAAAGAAAUGGCUAGACGAAGAGCUGAGAGACAAGCUAGGAUCAACGCUAUGAAGGAGCAGAAAAAAGGUAAAGCAUAG